AUGAGGAACUCCCCGAACUCCUCUGAACCAGGCUUCCUGCCGGAGCUUCCGCCAGCAGCUACCCACCCGCAGGGACGCAAGCUUCACCCCCAUUUCAUCUCGCUGAUACUGCAGACCUAUAAGGACUCCAUAGCAGCAAUAGCAUUCUCCUCAACCGAGGACUAUGUUCCUGCAUAUGACUCCAUCUUCAAGAGGUCAGAAUGUUAUAAUGAAAAACUUCACCGGGAUGACAGGGCACAUGCAAAACACAAGGGUCUGGAUCUUCAUAAUGAGGAAACCUCUCGUCCAGUGCCAGUACUAAGCUCUUCAGAAUAUGGCAGACACCUUCAUCUCAUUGUAGACAAAGUAAACAGGGACCAUGUUAGAGUUGGUGUGGUACGGCUGGAAUUCUUCCGCAAGAGUGGAAUGAGUAAAUCACUGGAGGAAGGCUACGGUUGUGUAACUCCAUCAUAAACCAGUUAAAAAUAUACUUGCCGUUUGCAGCAAAAAAUCCUAAUAUAUUUUCAAUAAAGGUUAGCAAUAUCA